AAGCUAGCGAGAGAGAGAGAGAGAGAGAGAGAGAGACAGAGCCAGCGAGCGAAAGUAAGAGCGCAGGUCGCAACUCGUAUAAUUUGUAGGACAGUUUAAAGUACGCAUUGCGAUGGUUUUUUAUUUAGUUUAGCUAGAGACAUCGUCGUGUUAGGAAGUGCAGCUCGGUCGUGCAGUAAUAAAAACAAUAAUAAUAUUUUCAAUGGUCUGUGUUUGUCGACGGCCAAGAAUUCAGUGCGCAAAUAAAAGAAUUAUAAACAAUAAUAACAUGUGUACUAACUAAUUGAGAUACACACACACACACGCAUACAAACAUUUAAACACACGCACAUUCAGUGCAUAAGAGCGCCAAAUUGCUUGCGGAUUUGUGUGAAUGAUUUAAAUCAGAUUCUUCUUUAUAAAGUGAACGAGUAUUAAAAUCUAUUUCAAAAUUAUUGCAGCAAAAACGGUUAAAGUAUUUGAAAUACAGUGUGUCAUGUAGUUUAUAAGAAAGCGAGAGCACAAACAAAUUCAGCACAACUCUGUUUGUAUUAAGUCCUCAAGCUCAAACAAUAGCGUGGCAAGCGGUGGACAGACGCAGGAGGAGGCAAGCAAAAGUGCAACAGCUGCGCCAGGGACAAGCGGAAAGCAAAAGUCGAGCAACAAAAGCCCAACCCACAGUCUAAGUAAGCUCAGCGAAACAAAAACAGACAGACAGCCAGGCAAACAGAGAUAGAGAAAGAGAGCGAGAGAGAGAGACCGAUAGAAAGAUAGAGCAGCGUAGCGUGUUGAAAGCAUGUGGCAGCAUCAAGUGGCAGCAACAAACACAACAAGCGGAUAAUAAGCCCAAGCGAAAACAGCAGCAGCAGCAGCAACUAUAAGAAAAGCUACAGCUACAGCUCCAACUGCAGCGUGCAUCGUGCAACGUGCAACGUGCCACAAAGCAUUCUUUGUGCUGGGGCCCGCUGGCUGAGUACCCAGAGGCAACGCAAUAAGCGCACAGAGUCCUUGUACCCGCUGCUCCUGCUGCUGCCAGCAGCAUUAAAGCCAAAGCCAAAGCCGAAAACCAAAGCCAAAGUUAAGUCCAACAAAAUCCACAGCUGCUGCCACAGAGGCAGCCAGCGGCCAGUGGCAAGCAGCAAGCAGCAAGCAGCCAGUGACGUCACAGCGCCGCUAAAGUAGGACACAUCCGUCCUCCGCCCUCCGUCUACUUCGGCAUCCCCUUGGCAUCCCAACAACAUGCAGGCUCGGCUUAGCCUUCGCCUGCUGGCCGCCGCGCUCUUCGUCGUCGUGCUGUCGCAGCAGCUCUGCUGCGUUAGCGGCGUCAUCGAUCGACUCGUGGUGCAGACGACAUCCGGGCCGGUGCGCGGUCGCUCGGUGACGGUGCAGGGUCGCGAAGUCCACGUAUAUACGGGCAUACCAUACGCAAAGCCGCCCGUCGAGGAUUUGCGCUUUCGCAAGCCGGUUCCGGCGGACUCCUGGCACGGCGUUUUGGAUGCCACCCGACUGUCGGCGACCUGCGUGCAAGAGCGCUAUGAAUACUUUCCUGGCUUUUCAGGCGAGGAGAUUUGGAAUCCCAACACAAAUGUAUCUGAGGACUGCCUGUAUAUAAACAUAUGGGCACCGGCAAAGGCGCGUCUACGCCAUGGGCGUGGCACCAAUGGCGGCGAGCACGCGGGCAACAAACAGAGCGACACCGAGCAUCUGAUACACAACGGCAAUCCGCAGAACACAACCAAUGGGCUGCCCGUGUUGAUUUGGGUGUAUGGCGGCGGCUUCAUGACCGGCUCGGCCACGCUGGAUAUUUACAACGCGGACAUAAUGUCCGCAGUGGGCAAUGUGAUUGUUGCCUCGUUUCAGUAUCGCGUGGGUGCCUUUGGCUUUUUGCACUUGUCGCCGGAAAUGCCGCCGGAUUUCGCUGAGGAGGCGCCCGGCAAUGUGGGAUUGUGGGAUCAGGCACUGGCCAUACGCUGGAUCAAGGACAAUGCGCACGCCUUUGGCGGCAAUCCCGAAUGGAUGACGCUGUUCGGCGAGUCAGCCGGCUCGAGCUCUGUCAAUGCACAGUUGAUGUCGCCGGUGACAAAGGGCGUGGUGAAGCGCGGCAUGAUGCAAUCCGGCACUAUGAACGCGCCCUGGAGUCACAUGACAUCCGCCAAGGCGGUGGAGAUUGGCAAGUCGCUCAUCAAUGACUGCAACUGCAAUGCAUCCAUGCUGAAGACCAAUCCGGCGCAUGUGAUGAGCUGCAUGCGCGCUGUGGACGCCAAGACCAUAUCGGUGCAGCAAUGGAAUUCCUAUUCGGGCAUACUCAGUUUCCCCUCAGCGCCAACCAUUGACGGCGCCUUCUUGCCCGAUGAUCCCAUGACUAUGAUGAAGUCGGCCGACUUGAAGGAGUACGAUAUACUUAUAGGAAAUGUCAGAGAUGAGGGCACCUACUUCUUGCUGUACGACUUUAUAGAUUACUUUGAUAAGGACGAUGCCACUGCGCUGCCGCGUGACAAGUAUCUGGAGAUUAUGAAUAAUAUAUUUGGAAAGGCAACGCAAGCGGAGCGCGAAGCCAUAAUCUUCCAGUACACCAGCUGGGAGGGCAACCCGGGCUAUCAGAAUCAGCAGCAAAUUGGACGCGCUGUGGGCGAUCACUUCUUCACCUGCCCCACCAACGAGUACGCACAGGCGCUGGCCGAGCGAGGCGCCUCCGUGCAUUACUAUUACUUUACACACCGCACAAGCACUUCGUUGUGGGGCGAGUGGAUGGGCGUGUUGCAUGGCGACGAGAUUGAGUAUUUCUUUGGCCAGCCGCUGAACACAUCUCUGCAAUAUCGACCUGUGGAGCGUGAGCUGGGCAAGCGUAUGCUCAACUCAGUCAUUGAGUUUGCCAAGACUGGCAAUCCCGCACAAGAUGGCGAAGAGUGGCCAAAUUUCAGCAAGGAGGAUCCAGUGUACUACAUUUUCAGCACGGACGACAAGAUUGAGAAGCUGGCACGUGGUCCGCUCGCAGCACGCUGCUCCUUCUGGAACGACUACUUGCCGAAAGUCAGAAGUUGGGCAGAGAUCUAUGAGUAG